CUCUCUCUCAAAAACAAAAUACAAAAACACAUGCGCAUCCCCCUUCCCAAUCCUGAAUAGUGAAUACCCCUCGCGUGUGGUGCUGAUCCAGAACUGCAAAAUUCCCCAAGAGACGACGACCAUGAAGCUUAGGUUGCGAUCCAUGGACGCGCGCGGCGGCGUCACUGAGACGCACCGCGUGCAGCUGCCGGACACGGCCGUGCUCUCCGACGUGCGGUCCUUCCUCGCCGCCAAGCUCUCCGCGGCGCAGCCCGUCCCCGCCGAGUCCGUCCGCCUCUCCCUCAACCGCUCGCAGGAGCUCCGUUCACCCGACCCCUCGGCCACCCUCACCGCCCUCGGCCUCGCAUCCGGUGACCUCCUCUAUUUCACGCUCACCGCGGAAUUAUUACCGCAGCCUCCGCCUCCUCAAACCCUUCCCCGCAACCCUAGUCCCUCGAUCGGGCAAGUUGCUUCCGGUUCCAAAUCUCAUGGGGAGGCUGGUGGAUCAUCGUCACCGCCGCAAAAUCUACACAUACAGCCUGUCUCUUCGUCGCUGCCGCAAAAUCUACACAUACAACCUGCCUCUUCAUCGCUGCCGGGAGCCCUACUCGUGGAGCCUAGUGUGCCCGUGGCAUCUGAUCCGCCCGAUGUGGUGAUGACGGAGGCCGUCCACGCGUCCAAGAGCCUGUCGAGCCUCGUCAUUGGGAUUCUCAAGCGGGAGAUGGAGGCGGAGAAUGCGGGGGGCGCAAAUGGCACCGUUAUCCAUCGCCUGGCUGUGGCCCUGCAGGCAGCUCUGGUCGAUGCUGGCUUCCUCGCGGCGAAUCCGACGGGGUCUCGCCUGGGAUUGUUGAAGGACUGGGCCUCGGGUGCUGCGGCAACACUGACCGUAAAAUACACCCUGCCGGAGCUUGUCGCCAUGCUACCCGUGGCUGAAGAGGGGAAGACUGUGGUUUUGAACUGCUCAUUGAUGCCGAAUUAUGUCAUGAUAUAUGGGUGUGUGCCCGGGGCACACUCAGAAGUGCGCAGAUUGUGCUUGGAGUUACCAAAGCUGGCGCCGCUGCUAUAUCUGGAUAGCAAUGAAGUGGGUGCAACAGAGGAGAAGGAGAUUCUUGAGCUUUGGAGGGUGCUGAAGGACGAGCUAUGUCUUCCGCUGAUGAUAUCUUUGUGUCAACUGAACGGGUUGCGCUUGCCGCCGUGCUUGAUGGCAUUGCCAGAUGAUCUGAAGGCUAAAGUCUUGGAGUUUGUUCCUGGGGUCAAUCUUGCAAGGGUUCAGUGCGCAUGCAAGGAAUUGCAGGAUCUUGCAGCAGAUGGUGAUCUUUGGAAGAGGAGGUGUGAAUUGGAGUUCAGCCCUUCUAGCAAGGGUUCUGGAUGGAGCGGAAAUUGGAAGCAGAGGUUUGUGGCAGCUUGGAAGGUGGACAACAGUAUGAGGCGUCACAAGAGGCCACCCAGCCCAAGGUUUUCGGGCUAUGGUUGGGGGAUUGGUACACGUAGCCCACUUAAUUUCCCCGUAAUUGGUGGUGAUACGGACCGUCUGCCCUUUAUAAAUCACAAUAUCCUUGGGCGUAGUUUUGGAAAUCAGCGGAGGAACAUCUCGCCCAACUGCAAUUUUGAGGGUCAUCGCCAAGGUUUUCCUUGAUUUAAGGUUUCACUGGUAUCUUAAGUAUUCCAUUCAUAGGCUGUCUUGUACAUGUUUAUAAGUUGCACGCUUAUGCAUAUGUGCACUGCCCUUAUCAUCAUAAACUUUUUUGUCUGUAUCUUAGAUAAUAUGUGCUAUCGUAAUUUCCAGUUAUUCCUUGCUAUGAUAUCAAAGUACCUCUGCUCUCUUCUCGGACUAUUGAUCUAGCCAAUGUCAUGGUCGGAUGUGUAAUAAAUAGCUUUGGGCUCAGGGUACCGAGAGCUUAACUUUGCUCUAUAUACAUGUUUUGGUAUCAGCUUU